AUGGCACAACCAUUCGAAGAUUGGUAUAAAAGUAUACCUAUAGUUACGAGAAUAUAUAUGAGUGCAUGUGUUGUUACAUCUGUAUUUGUAUAUCUAGAUGUUAUAAAUCCACUGCAACUCUACCUUAAUUUCCCAAUCAUAUUCAACAAGUAUGAAGUUUGGAGAUUAUUGACAACCUUUUUAUUCUUUGAUGAGAUUGGUUUAAAUUUCUUGUUUCAUAUAGUAAGACACAGUAAGAUGUUAGAGGAAGGUUCAUUUAGAGGUAGAGCUGGUGAUUAUUUAUUUAUGUGGAUUUUUGGUGCUGUUUUCUUGUUGAUUAUGAAUGCAUUCUUAUUUUAUACAAAAAUAUAUACAAAGAUAUUAUUUUUAGCACCAUCAUUAGCUUUUAUGAUUGUUUAUAUAUGGAGUCGUAGAAAUCCCAAUAUGCAUAUCAGUUUCCUUGGUUUGUUUACAUUCAGUGCACCCUAUUUACCUUGGGUUAUUUUGGGUGUCAGCUAUCUGAUGGAUCAUAGUCUGGCAUUUGACAUCAUGGGUAUUGUUGUCGGUCAUGUAUAUUACUACCUCGAGGAUGUCUAUCCACAGAUUAGCAAUCGUCGUAUAUUGAAAACACCUUCAUUCAUUAAACAACUGUUUGAUAAUCCAAAUCAAAGAUAUGAAGAUAUGGCACAGCAAGUUAGAGGAAGAAGACCUGCAGAACAACAACAACAACAACAGCAACAACAACAAGAAGAGGUGAUAAAUGAUCCUGUUCAUUAA